AUGGUAAAAAUAUCUCCGGCGGCAUUGAUCGCAGCGCGAUCGACUCUCUCACCCUUUCGUCUUCUUCCCUUCAAAAGUAUCUCAAAGGCUCCGGAGAGUUUUGUUUCGAUCAAGAAAAUGGCUUCUUGGGCUUGCUCUAGGUGUACGUACAUCAAUCCGCCCACAGAAACAUUGAACUGCGAAAUCUGCCGCUUCCCGCCGCCGCAGUGGGUUGAAACGUCGGCGGCUCCGCCGGCGUGGUCUGAAUCGAAGUGGACUUGCGGGGCGUGCACUUUUCUGAACCGUUAUUGCCGGAAAACCUGCGAAAUCUGCGGCACUAGGGCUUCCUUUUCUUUGCUUUCUGCUCUUGAAGUCGACUUCGACGACCCCGAAGAAGCGCGGUUGGGCUCCAGCGUCGGCAACGUUUUCCUUCCCUUGCAGAGGUGUAGAAACAACAAUAACAUCGACGAUGAGAAACCCGAUGUUGCUAGUACCGACGCAGAAAGUUCUGGAAAGUCGAAAGGGGUUUUUGGUGGGGGUAACAUUGAUUCCUCUCCAUUGCGGAAUUGCAGUAAUAAAAGGAAAUUUAGGGGGGACAGUACUUCGAUUGAAGCUCUGAAUGAUGCAAAUAAGGCUGUCGAUGAUCAAGCAAUGGAUGAAGCUAGUAUGAGUUCGAAAACUUGGAAAGUUAUGAGCUACAAUAUCUGGUUUCGCGAAGAUGUGGAAAUGCACAAUAGAAUGAAGGCAUUAGGCAACCUUAUUCGACUGCAUUCACCAGAUGUUAUAUGUUUACAGGAAGUGACGCCUAAAUUCUAUGACAUUUUCCAGAAAACCAAUUGGUGGAAGGAUUAUCAAUGCACGGUAGCAGAUAAGAAGGCCAUCCAGGGAGCAUACUUCUGCAUGCAGUUGAUCAAACUUCCGGUUAAGAUGUAUGGCUGCCGGCCCUUUUACAAUUCAAUCAUGGGACGGGGAAUUCAUAUGGCCGAGGUUAAUGUGCACCGAGAUGUUUCGAUCAUUGUUGCCACAAGCCAUUUAGAAAGUCCUUGCCCGUCUCCUCCAACCUGGGAUCAAAUGUUCAGCAAGGAGCGUGUGGAGCAGGCCAACGAAGCUGUGAAGUUUCUUGACAAGCAUCAGAAUGUGAUAUGGGGCGGGGAUAUGAAUUGGGAUGAUAAAUCAGACGGUCCUUUCCCCUUAUCUGAAGGAUGGGUCGACGCUUGGGCAGAGCUAAGGCCCGGGGAAGACGGGUGGACAUACGACACGAAAUCAAACAAGAUGCUGACCGGCAACAGAACUCUGCAAAAACGACUGGAUAGAUUUGUAUGCAAGUUGAAGGAUUUCAAGCUGGUGGAAGUUGAAAUGAUUGGUAAGGACCCAAUCCCGGGCCUCUCGUAUUUGAAGGAAAAGAAAGUUAAGGGGCAGGUCAAGGAAUUCGAGCUUCCAGUAUUUCCGAGCGACCACUACGGGCUACUGCUGACGAUCGCUCCUGCUUAAGGGCAAGGCACCGUUUUGAAUCAUUAUCUUCUCAUUAAGGCAGGUUUGCUUCUUACUUUUGUAUCGGCAAUGGACCAGAAAAUGAAAAUUUGCGUCGAA